AUGGGCAUUGCCCACGCCGCAAUCCGCUUCGGCUGCUCCCAAGUCUCCAUCCAACGCCUCGAUCCCGUCGUGCAGCCUGGCAUCAUUCCUUCCGCUCACGUCCAUCAAAUCGUCGGCGGCAAUGCAUUCAACGCCACCAUGACGGGUGACAUUGGCGAGCAGGCGUCAUGCACCACUUGCGCAUACACCGAGGAUUUCUCCAAUUACUGGACAGCAGUCAUGUACUUCAGACACCAGAAUGGCAGUUAUAAGAGGGUAAAGCAGUAUCCUAAUGCUCAGUUGGGAACUCUGGGGAGGAACGAUAGUACAAUCAACGGCGGAAUGACGAUUUAUUAUACGCAGAAAGACUUUUACAAUAAUGGUCUCAACGAGACGAGGAUCACUGCGUUCCCGCCCGGAUUCCGCAUGACCGUCGGCAACCCAGCAACCGACAAUCUCGAAACCGCACAAAAGCACAAGGGGCUCCGCUACACCUGCCUUCAAACCGUCCUAACUCGCGGCUUCGAGACACCAGACUUUCCAUCCGAGCCGUGCCCUUACGGUAUCAUGGCUAUUUACCAUUUUCCAAGCUGUUGGGAUGGAAAAAACCUCGAUUCUCCCGACCACCAAUCCCACAUGUACGACACCACGCUUGGCGCAUUCCGGGAAGCUGGACCUUGCCCUCCCAGCCAUCCCGUGCGUGUACCCCAGCUUGCCUACGAGACUAUGUGGAAUACAACCGAAUUUAAUGAUAUGUGGCCCAAAGACGGUAGCCAGCCGUUCGUAUGGAGCUUUGGCGGAACGAGAGGAUAUGGGACGCAUGCGGACUAUGCAUUUGGGUGGAAGGGGGAUAGUCUGCAGCGGGUUAUGGACGAUAAUUGCUUCUUCCAUGACUGUGGUAGCCCAGGGGUGCAGGGCAUUCUGAAGACGCAGACUGUGGAGGAGAUGAAUGCUUGCGCGGUGAAGAAUACGGUGGAGGAGGAUACGGAGGGGUGGUUGGAUGCGUUACCUGGUGCAGGUGAGGCACCGCCGAUGGUGCACAGAAGGGCUGUGGGCUUUCAGGCUUGA